AUGUAUCGCAACAUGUUGGUUAUCCUGACUCUCAAGAAUUGUUACCAGCUCCUGCCAGACAUUUCAAACCCUUGCAUGAACAAUAAAAACUUUCAACGCCGGCAGGCCAACCGCUUACCAUCUGUAUGGUUAUAUAUCAUUUUCACACACCACACGGGCAUUAAGAUGUCUUACAAGUAUGUAUUUCUCCGAGUGCCCACACAUAUAUUUAUUGUGAUGUACCAAAAUGUGUGUAUUAUUGAAGCAUAA